UCUGCCAGCAAGGCCAGCCCGCGGGUGUGGAGCGUCAGCCGGUCGAUGGGGAGCCACUACGAGAGGCCGUGGGUGAAGGUGCUGCCUCUCAGUCUGCUCUGCACUGGACUGCUGCUCUGGUGCGUGUUCAGGCCAAAAACGGAGAUCGAUGAGCGACUGGAAGCCGUUUUCUCCAGUCAGAUCGCGAACUCUGUGGCCCAGAAGGGCAAUGCUCCCUUGCAACCGCAGAAGGAGAAAUGA